AUGCGUGGUUUAGGAGCCACAUUGCUUCAAAGUAAAGGUCCUGUGGAGUAUCGAAAUAAAAUCCUCUCAGAGACAGAACGUCGCUAUUCCAAUAUUGAACGGGAGACGCUUAGUAUUGUUUACGGUUUAGAGAAAUUCCAAUACUAUGCAUACGGUCGGCAUGUGACAGUCGAGACAGAUCACAAACCUUUGGAGGCUAUCUUCAAGAAACAUCUAUCCUGUGCACAGCCACGUAUAGCCAGAAUGAUGCUACGUAUCCAGAAAUAUGACGUAGUGAUCAAAUACGUUCCGGGGAAAGAAAUACCAUUGGCCGACGCACUGUCAUGA